GUGUCCAAUACCCAUCUCCUGUUUUACUUCUUAAACCCACUCACCACUGUCACUUUUCCCUAAUCUAAAACAAAUGGGCUCAGAGACAUUCCUGGAAGUGAUUCUGGCGAUUCUUCUACCUCCCGUCGGCGUUUUCCUCCGGUAUGGUUGUGGGGUUGAGUUCUGGAUAUGUUUGUUGUUUACUUUGUUGGGUUACAUCCCUGGGAUCAUCUAUGCUAUCUACGUUCUCGUGGGAUGAUCAUCAAAUUAAUAAUCUCCAUGUACAGUUUUCAUCUGAGUUAGCUUUUGCUGUUUCUCACUGGGCUUGUAAUAAAAACUCUUGCUUUCUUGCUAAAUAAUAAAAAUCUAUUCUUUGCUAUAAAAAAUUGUU